CUGUAAAAAAUGUCAAGACUUCACUUGUUCCAAAAGGUAGUCAACGUACUCGUCUACUUGUUUUUCCUUUCUGCUACUGUCUACUCUGUUGUUGGCCCCGCUCCUUCUGAUGAUGUCGAACACGAAGGACAGACAUAUAUUACACCCUCUUACUGGAUCGCUUAUAUUUGGUCUCUCAUCCAUUUCCUUCUCUUUGGUUUCAUCAUCUAUCAAUGGUUCGAACCUGCUCAUGAGGCUGCUAUUCAUGGCGUAGGCUGGCAUUUCGUUAUUUCUGUCAUACUUAGCUCUAUUUGGCUUGGUCUCUUGAAAAGUGGCCACUAUAUCAUCGGUUUCAUCUUUGUCCUUCUCACCGCUUCCUCUGUCUCUUGCGUCUUUUACAAGCUUUCCAAGGACUAUCCUGCCACAAGUUGGACCGAUAAACUCUUUAUCCAUGCUCCCUUCUCUUUGUGGCACGGUUGGAUCGUAUUUACUGCUGUUGUUAACCUCUUCCAAGCCUUCACUGGUGUCAAGGAAGAUGGUCCUUCUGUCUGGAUUCGUAUCCUCGUUAUCCUCGCCUUCAUUUUCUUGACCUCUACCGCUAUUGGCUACGUCGAAUACAAGAAGCACAAGGGAGAUGUCACAGGUGCCCUUGUGAUCGGUCUUGGUCUUUUGGCCAUUUUCACCAAUCAACAUGACCCUUGGAUCCACUGGUCUGCUUUGGUGGCUGCCGUCAUUACCCUCAUUUACCCUGCUCGUCCUUAUGUAUUUAAGCUUGUCGGACGUGACUCCAGUGCUGAAAAUGCUCCUCUUCUUGGUUAAGAAAAAAAAAGUGAAGCUUAUUUACAUGUAUACUCGUCCCCUCUUUUUUUUCUCCCUUUAAUGAAUAAUAUCGCUUUUUUUUGUUUAUGCAAGUAAUAAACAUGUAUUUUCUUUGUAAACAAAUU